GGCUCUCCCUCAGCCUGUUCCCGACGCUUUGCAAACUUUCGGAGUUUCUCCUCCUCUUGCGUCAUGGAAAAGGUUGGAGGGUGACCCGGAGAGUGGGAGGCGAGGAGCCGGGCGAGCUCCCCUGGACUAGCGGCCGGGCCCCAGGACCGGUGGGAGUGCGUGGGCUCCUACGCUGCUGCGGGAUCCUGGGGAGACCGGGCUCGCCCUCGACCCAGGCCAGGGGCGAUCGGCCUAGAGAACCGAGGCAGACGGACACCUCCUCCACGCCGGCAGCACCCGCUCGCCUCGCUGGGCUGGGCCGGCCAGCUCCCCUCCUGAGGCGCCGGCAUCUGCUCAGAACCGCACAGGGCCAGGGAUCGGCUUCCCGCGAGGCAGCCGGGGCCGGAGUGCCGGCCCUUCCUAGCCACUGCCAGCCCGUCAGACCCCCAGCUCCUGUUUCUCCCCCUACCCGGUAGCCUUCCUGAAGCCGGUCUCCGCGCCCUAGGCCUGGGCCAGGAGAGAGUGCGGGCGUGCUUUGGUGUGUUUGAGACUGUGCGGCAACAAGAUGGAGUGAAGGGAACCCCAGUGCCAGCCCCGCACCCUGAGGGCUGUGAGCGCAGGUGGGCAGCUGAGUGGAGGCCGCCCCGCUCCCCCAGCGCCCGGCGCGGGGGACUGCAUCCCUCUCUCUUUCCCAUCCCUCGGUCCAAACGGAAGUGCCUCUGUUUUUGCAGAAUUCCUCUGGCGGCUUUCUCCCCUCCACCAUCCCUCGGAGCCUCCCUCCCUUAUUCCCCCCCCCCUCCGCCCCCCGCCCCGUCUCCAGGCAUCCCUCCCCCUCUGGACACAAGAACCCGGAAUCUCUCUCUCUUUCUCUCUUUUUUAACCAGCUUCUUGUAGUCGUUGCAAAGUUGAUUGUUGAGGUGCCCCUCUGUCCUGGGAGAAGGUUUGCCGAUCGCAGCCCAGCCGGGGCUCGGAGAGAAGCCUACAGGAUCACACCUCAUUGCUCUCUCUUCUGCCUUGUUUUGCUGUGUGUGUGUGUGUGUGUGUGAAUUUGCGUUGUGUUCCCCUCCUCGCGGAUCUGGGGAAGGGAGAGCUCCUGUGCCCACUGUUGCUGGUGGGUGGUGGUUGUUGUUUUUAAAUGAUUGAUCUUAUCCGGAGCUUUCCUCCGCGUACUUUGGUCCUGUUCCCAAGUUCCCAGCUCUUUGCUGCGAGUCAGUUUCAGGCGGGUGGAAACUGACCAAGAAUUAAGCAAACAAAAGAUUCCAAAAGAAUCCCGCUGAGGGGUUCCUCCAAUACAUUUUUGAUUCCUCUCAGUCUCGCUCCCCAGGCAGGGAGGAGGGGGAGAAGAGGAGCUGGGAGAAGGAGGACAAGUGUUCAAGCCAAGGGUUCAGGGGCCCAAAGGACUUUCCCCAAGACCCUUCCUUCUUGUCUGCAUCCAGGUUUGCUGCAUGUUCUGUUUUGAUCGUAAAGUUCACGUGAAUUUCCCGGGGUCUUGUGUAAGCCUGGGAUUGUUGUUGUUUUUUUCUCUCAUCUUGUUGGGAAGCAGGAGGGAGGCAUCCACCCUUGGAUUUAUUUCAGCCUCAUUAGGCUUUCUUUUUGCCCCUCUUGGGCUUUUUGGAAUUUUUAAAAACUCAGUUCCUAAGAAGAAGAGGAAAGAGAAGAAAGCAAAAAACUCUUAAGCCAUCCCCAGCAAGAGAACCAGCCCAUAGCUUUUGGAGUGAGGCUUGCCUCCCUACCAAAAGACAUACUCCCGCCAUGGCACUGAAAGGCCGAGCACUUUAUGACUUUCAGAGUGAGAACAAGGAGGAGAUCAGCAUCAGACAGGACGAGGAGCUGGUGGUCUUCAGCGAGACCUCCUUGGACGGCUGGCUGCAAGGCCAGAACAGCCGGGGGGAGACCGGACUCUUCCCGGCCUCCUACGUGGAGAUCCUCCGCUGUCGCUCUGACUCCAACUACACAGACUAUUCCAACAGUCCGGCCGGCUCCCCCGGCAAUGAGACGUCUUUCUACGUCACUCCGGUGGCCAGCACAGGCAUCAUCUCUCACCAGGGCAGCUUUGAGGAUGAUGAUGAGGAGGACUGGGACGACUGGGACGACGGCAGCACCGUGGUGGAGGAGCCCCGGGGUGUUGGGCUGGGCACCAACGGACACCCCCCCCUCAACCUGUCCUAUCCCGGCGCCUACCCCAACCAACAUAUCAGCUUCCGGCCCAAGCCGCCCCUGGAGCGGCAGGACAGCACGGCCUCGGGCAAGCGCGGGAGCGUGGUGGGCCGCAAUCUGAACCGCUUCUCCUGUUUCGUGCGCUCCGGCGUGGAGGCCUUCAUCCUGGGAGACGUCCCCAUGAUGGCCAAGAUCGCCGAGGCCUACUACAUCGAGAUGGGCCCCAAAGGGCCUCAGUGGAAGGCCAGCCCCCACCCCUUUGCCUGCUCUGUGGAGGACCCCACCAAGCAGACCAAGUUCAAGGGCAUCAAGAGCUACAUCUCCUACAAGCUGACGCCCAGCCACGUGGGCUCCCCCGUCUACCGGCGCUACAAGCACUUCGACUGGCUCUACAACCGGCUGCUGCACAAGUUCACCGUGAUCUCGGUGCCCCACCUGCCCGAGAAGCAGGCCACGGGCCGCUUCGAGGAGGACUUCAUCGAGAAGCGCAAGCGGAGGCUCAUCUUGUGGAUGGACCAUAUGACCAGCCACCCCGUGCUGUCCCAGUACGAGGGCUUCCAGCACUUCCUCAGCUGCCUGGACGACAAGCAGUGGAAGAUGGGCAAGCGGCGGGCAGAGAAGGAUGAGAUGGUGGGGGCCAGCUUCCUGCUCACCUUCCAGAUCCCCACCGAGCACCAGGAUCUCCAGGACGUGGAGGAUCGGGUGGACGCCUUCAAGGCCUUCAGCAAGAAAAUGGAUGACAGCGUUCUGCAGCUCACCAAUGUGGCUUCGGAGCUCGUGCGCAAGCACAUCGGGGGCUUCCGCAAGGAGUUCCAGAAGCUGGGCAAUGCCUUCCAGGCCAUCAGCCAUUCCUUCCAGCUCGACCCCCCCUACAGCUCAGAUGCCCUCAACAAUGCCAUCUCCCACACAGGCAAGACCUAUGAGACUGUGGGGGAGAUGUUUGCUGAGCAGCCCAAGAAUGACCUCUUCCAGAUGUUGGACCGACUCUCCCUAUACCAGGGCCUGCUCUCCAAUUUCCCUGACAUCAUCCACCUGCAGAAAGGUGCUUUCGCCAAGGUCAAAGAGAGCCAGCGCAUGAGUGAUGAGGGCAAGAUGGACCAGGACGAGGCCGACGGGAUCCGCAAGCGCUGCCGCGUGGUGGGCUUCGCCCUGCAGGCCGAGAUGAACCACUUCCAUGAGCGUCGGGUGCUGGACUUCAAGCAUAUGAUGCAGUCCUAUCUGCGGCAGCAGAUUCUCUUCUACCAGCGGGUCAGCCAGCAGCUGGAACAGACCCUGCGCAUGUAUGACCACCUCUAAGUCUGCCCCUCUGCCUCUCCUGCUGAGCCUCUGCUCCAGCCUUCCCCCUCCCCAGCGCAGUCUCCCCCCCCCCCCCAGAUGUCUGCUCAGGUAGAGAGAGCCCCGAGGGGCUUCCUGGUAGGGAUGGCUUAAUCCCAACUUCCGCUGCCCCUUUUGUACGCCUAACCAGUCCCUUUCUUCUCCUUUGUAGGUAAUAUGUCUGCCCUAGAGUGGCCUGACUUCCAGGCCCCUUGGGGGAGGCUCUGGCAGUGCCUGCCUUGAUCCCCAUUUAGAGCAGGGCGCCCCUCCCCCUCUUUGCAAAAGGCCCCAGAGUAGGGGGGCAGCCCCUGGUUUCUAGUUUGGGGUGGCCUGGCUUCCUUUUCAUUUGAAGUGGGAGCCGAGGCAAAUGGGGAGGGAGCUUUCGGAGACCCGAGGCUGUGGUGGCCCAGAGAGAGAACCCAAGAGAGCCCCGUCCCCAGCCUCGAACAAUACAACAGGACUCUGUGAAUCACGGUUAUUCCUGGACAUUCCUGGACGGGGCUAUGGGGGGAUCGAAGCAGCCCCUUCUUUCUGCUGAAAACCUUAAGGCUUCCUCACCUGUCUUACCCCAGAACCACAGCUUCUGCCUAUCUAUGGCAUGGAUUGUGGCCAUUGACUCCCCUUCGUGGUAGGGAAUCUGGCCAAAGCCCGGAUGAGAAGGGAAACUGGGCCCCACGACAGCUGCCCUCACGUCCUGCCCCGUUCUCACUGGUCAGUGGGGACCCCGAAGCCCCUACUAAUGCCAGGCCCCUUGGUGGGGCCCUGCCAGGGGCCACUAAUGCCCGGCUAAGAUCCCCCCAGUUGAUCCUAUUCGUCUCCUUCCCACCUCCCACCCCGGAGCAGGAGCUGCCCGAAGGCUAGCCUUCAUUGACAAGCCCGGCGGCCUUCUGCCCUGGACUCAUGCUCUUUUCCCACAGCCCAAGCUCUUACUCUGGAACUGAACUUGCCUGAGAGUUGUGCUCACCAGCAGGAAUAACCUAUGGGGUCAGGGCCCAGAUAUCUUCCAUUCCAUGAGUCCUUCAAGGACCCCUCAAGUGCCUUUCGGUCACCCGGAUCUCAAGCGAGGUGAUAAGCUGCCCGCGGUUUCUGCUCUUCACUGGCAGAGAACCCGGGGGGCAGAAGGAAGGGUAGGGGAGCCUCAGCCUAGGUGCCCUCCUGGCGCCCAUCCCCUCUCCCCGCAUGCACUGUGAUGCCAGCCCAGCCUCACUAAGGAUGGGCAGAAAUGGCUCUGGUCAUUGUUUACAUCCCAGUGGGAGCUGCCCACAUACCCUGUAGGUCUGGGGGGAGGAUAGAGAGGGUGGGAGGGAUGCCACCAGACAGUGGGCGCCACAGUUUGGUGGCACCCCUUAAGGCCUCGGGCGGCCCCCCUUGCUUCUGUUUGUUCUCUUUUUUUUUCUCAAAAGAACUUUUACAAUUAAAACAACAGAGUUAAAAUUUU